AGAUGAGUUCAGAUGAAGAAGAAGAAACAAUGAUGAUACAAGGCUAUUCUUCAGCCGUAGUCAAGUCAAAGACGACAAUCGGCGGCGGCCACCGCCCUUGUGCCUCUCUAUUUGUUUUUAUCAUUAUUAUCUUAUCCUCUGCAUUUUCGACGGGAGGACUGGAAAUUCGGGAUGCUUUUCAUCAAGCCAAACGGACUUUUUUUGGGCCGGCGAUCAACGAGACAGAGAAGAUGAAGGCCGUUCAUGCUCUUCUCAAGAAGAUCAACAAGCCUGCUAUGAAGACAAUUCAUAGUCCUGACGGAGAUAUUAUAGAUUGUGUGGCUUAUCAUCAACAACCCGCUUUUGAUGAUCCACUCUUGAAGGCGCAAGAACAUCCAUUGUGACAGGUUACAGUACACGAGAAACAGUUACAUCCACCACCCCUUCCCACCACCUCCCACCGGUGACCGCCACCGGAGACCAUCGCCGGCCAUAGUGACAACGGCCAUAGUUACAACGGCCAUAGUGACAACGACCAUAGUGAUGCCGUCAUAGUGACGCGUUAUGCAUGGUGUCGCCACCGCAGUGACACCGCCACGGUGACCACCAGCGACCACCGACCCCAACCCUGCCUGUGCCCUCCCCAGCUAGCACCAGCCCCUCCCUUCCUCUGUCACAACCCCAUAAUCAGCACCCUUCACAGUGGCAACAUGCACCAGAUCCCCACCCCUGACCUGCCCCCAAUCUCCCCUCUCCAGCCUCGAUCUAACACCUUUCUCCCGUUUAAGCCCCAACCUACACACCAGACCCCCACCCAGUUCCCAGCAGUCCAGCACCCUACUCCCCAACCCCCUCCCUUGUCCAACCCCCUGUUGUUCCCUCAGGCCCCUUUCCGACCACCAUGACAGCGGAUCCGGGACCCGCUGCACCAAACCGGAGUCGAGGUCAAGUUGUAUGUCUUCAUUUGAGGAAAGCAGAAUCAAUAGGAUGGAAGAUCUGGCCCCCAAUCGGAGUCGUCUACCAUUGAAGAAGGCGGAUCCGAAACUGGAGGUCUUAAAUCAAAGUCCUCAUCCAUGGGAGGGGCGGCCAUCGAGGAAAAAGGAGAACCCAAGCAGUGCCGCUGCCGUUGAAGAAGCUGAGGGCGGAGGUCCUACCAUCGUGAAGGUGGAUUGCACCGGAGAUGGAAUCUGCGAGGUAGUUUGAAGGCUGACUGAGGAGUGAGGGUGGAAGGGAGAAGAUGAAGCGAAGGUAAUGUGCGGAAGAGGGAAGAUGAAGCGGAAAAGGCAGCGGUCAGGGGUCACUUUUGUGUCUUUUGAAAAAGUGGUGAUAUUUUUGUCCAAUAGAAGCUGUGAAAUGAUAUUGGUGUCAUUCUUUCAUGAAAAUAUUACUCAUGGGUUUUAAGUGGACAAUUAUAUAACCACAUUAAAAUCUGGACAAAAAAGAGAUUAAUGUUGAAAAGACAAUAUUACCCGGCCAGAAUUCCAUAUAGUAGAAUCCUAAAAAAUUGUAGUAAAAAAAUC